AUGGCAGGUACCCCGCUAGGCAGCUCCAGCACUAGCACCCCGCCUGGUGCUGCAUCACCAGAAGAUCCGACUCGUCCUUACGACGAGCAAAUGGAAGAUAUUCCUCCUCAAAUCACCAGGAAACGUCCCCGUCUGGACAGCGGUGCCGAUUCGCGUGAGUCCAUGUCCACUGGAGAAUCACCUGUCCAGCAAUCCGCGUCUCCGAGAACCCCGAACGAUCAAGAGCUUUCCUCGUCUCAGACUCUAAGCCGCGUUACGAUCAAUAUGAAAUCCCCCUCGCAGCCUGGCGUCUCCAUACAAGACAUCUCGUCGGCAGAGGAGUUUCCACGUGAAGAAGAUGGCAUCGAGUUGGAUACAACGGACAUAACAAUUCAGCAGCCGGAAGAUACCCUGAUGGCCGGGGCACAGUCUUCCACCGCCAUUUCAAUAUCUUCCUCUCCCUCGCGAAGCCCUGAAAUUGAGGUUGCUGAGGUGGAGGAUAUGGACCAGGAUCCCAACACGUCUCGAUGGCGUCCGUUAGGGGAGGCUGUCCAGGAACAGAGCUCAGCGGAAAUAGUUCAGGUCCAUGAACAAUUUUCUUUAGCAGACCAGUUUCCAAAACUACGUGGUAAUCCUGAUCUAAGAGAAUCCUUGGAAGAGACAGCCAGUAUUAUUGAGAAAGGCCAUCCUCAUGAAAUGAUGAUCCUCAACGCUGUGAAGCAAUGGCUCGCUGGCUGUAUCGACAACCUAUCACAGGUCACUUUGGAAACCAUGCGGGACGACCGCGAGUUUUGGGAAGAUCUGCCUAGCGUGGUGGAAGGAUUGCUCCGCAGGCAGAUCCCUUUCCAACAAAACCAGGGUCCAGGUACAUUGAUGUAUCUGGAAGAAUUUUUUCUGGAUUUUGGACAACUAGCACUCCAUAUGCUUCGUCUCGACACCAGCUAUCUCACAGUUGUCUCACAGACUCCAUCGAUGCAGCCUUCGGAAUGUAUCAGCCGGCCGUAUGUGCAGUGUCUCGCCUGGCUCUUACAAGUUCAAAGCAUCCCUUUUUACCGAGCCCUCAUACGGAUCUACCAAUCCAAAGUCAUGGAUUUCGUGGCCCAGAUCUGCGAUCAUGUCGCAGACGCUCCCUUGAACGCCUUACAGAACAUAUCAGAGUACAUUACACUUCUCCUUCCUUUGCUCCCGCGGUUUCCUCAGCUGGCACAAUUUCUGCUACCAGCGGUUGCCGUCGUUUCAAACUUGCUCGAAUCUCGUACCGAACGUCGCAAACUUGGUGCAGACGAACAGUUCGUGAAUUCGUCAAUCAUGAAUCGGACUAUCAAGGACUCUUAUCCUCUAUUCCGCAAGCUGGACGAGGCAUACCAAACUGCUGUCACCAAAAAGGCACCUUGGUUAACCGCGGAUAUAAGCGAAAAUCUGUCUCGCUAUAUCAACACCGCCUUGCGUGUCUACUGCGAUUUCGACACCUCAUUCGCUUCCAAGCUCGCCGGAGACCUUUCCAUAGACAUACCCGAAUAUUCUAGUGAUGAAUCUGCAUCUAUUGUCAUAUAUGCAUGGAAGUUCAACUCUCUAAAAAGGCACAUUAUGGACGGGCGGAUGGAGUUGCGAGUUUGGGGCACUGAAACUAUGCAACUGGAUCUAGUUGGCCUUUGGCGACAGAAGAUCCAGAAUAACCCCGACGGUGUUGACUCUCCACUUGUGCAGUAUCUCCUAAAGUUCCUACGUGAUAUACGGAUCAUCGAAUACAUUGUCGGCGUGGGCUCGCAUCCUCAAAUAAUUAGCCGCGCCGGCAACAUUGUGGGAUUCUUCAUAGUGACCAACACUUAUACCGAUGCCGAUACAGACAUUCUUUGGAGAGCUGUUACAGAUAGUCAAGAUCAAAGGACCGUCGGUGAGAUCAUCACAAUGUUGGGCCGCACGAUUGUGAUGCAUCCUUCUACAUCUAGGGCAUUGCUCUAUCUCUGUUCAAAAUUGCUCGAACUUCCCAUGAGUCGCUUUGACCAACGGAUGAUCGAGUUCUGUGAUUUGUUAUUCCGGAACAUGCGUGACAAAUUUGAGGAAAACCAACACAUUGAGCCUCUGGAAACUUCGCAUCUUGAUUCGACCCCCUUGCGCAUAUGUGUACGCCUCAUCCGAGAAUCAAAUUCGUGUCCCGACAUUAGCGACGAACAAAAGGUCAAUUUGCAAAGAUUUGCAGGCGGUCAGCUUCAACAACUACUGAAUCUGGGUAUGAGCGAGUCUGAUAAGCGCGAUGUCUAUGAGCGGUGCAUUCAAGACAUUGGGGAGCGAAACGAGUUUGCCUCGGGAAGCAUACAAGCAUUGAAUUCCCUAAUCCCCACGACUUUUGACUCCCAAGAGAUUAGAGCUUUGGCUACAGACUAUGAGCUGACUGCUCUGGUAAUCAUGGAGUUUGAACAGUUCUGGGGCAACAUCUUCGAAGUCUCCGACAGGUUCUCACAAAAUGCUGUCGUGUCCCGUGUCCACCUUUUAGGACGCCUCAUCGAUAAAGUUCCAGACACCAUCACACCAGAACUUAGUGACACUCUCUGGACAAAGAUCUUCAUGGCAGGCAACAUACAGUCCGCGAGAAGCUCCUUGUGGGAUAUGCUAUGUCGUGUGACGAAGAUUUGCGUGACACCAAAUUCAUUCAUUGAACGAUGUCUUCAUGAUUACUUACCCAGCGUAUCACCAGAAAAUUAUUCUCCGGAGAUUAUUUCAUUUGCGGAGCACGCAGUUCAUUAUGAAAUUCGCUUCAAUCCCCCACCGGUCGCCUCUGAAAAUGAAAUCAUCACACUACCUGGCAUGGACCGGAUUUGGCAUUUCAUUCUUACCGCACCUCCCGACACCAUUGAGGAGAGAGCGACGACUUUUGCAAUUGAGGUUUAUCUAGAUCAUAACCUGAUCCGUAGGGCCCCAGCAUCUGCUGCUGAAGCAACACACAUCUCCUUGGUUGAUCGCUGCGUAGAUCAAAUAAAAUCUGCCGCUUUGACUUUGAAGGGUCAAAAUGGUAACGGCGGCACCAACUCUGAAGAUGAUGCUAUGGUCAUGACGGCUAGUGAGCGAGAAAUCGCCUCUGCAGGAUUGAAAUUGAGCCGAUCUCUGUUGUUCUUGCAGCAGCUCCUCCAGGGGCUUCGCAGUCGGCCGCAAUACAGUCCUCCGCAAAGCCAAGCGCCAGAGCUACCCGAACGUGUUGGGCAAGGGGAGACUGUGGAGAUCUCGUAUCAAAGUUUCAACGAAUCCAAGCAGUCCCGGGUCUGUACACUACGUAUUGGUAGCCUCUGCACUGCUGCUGAUUUGGUCAAUCGCUUGACACGUGUGACGGGCUUCAAAAAGUUCAGCGUAAUCUAUGGAGGUCAGCGAGUCAAUCUUUUGGAGAAUCCAGAAAUGACAGUGCAAGAUCUCAACUUCAAAGGCCUUCUCAUCAUCAGGAAAACCCCAGAUGGUACUGAAGUCGCGACUGCUGGCAGGCGCCAAUCACUCACACUCGUUGACUCUGAAAUCCUGAAGCAUUUUGAUGACCUUUACGAUCUUCUAGAUCUUGACGACAGAUAUGCUCACGAAAUUUACGAUUUUCUAAUUGUCUUCCCACCGCAAGAACGGGUUAAAGAAUUGGUGAGAACAGACAGCAAUACGGAAGAUACGCUAUUCCCCAUGGAAAAACCCUACAAGCUGCUAUACUCUGUGAAAGCUCUAUCAAGAUGCUUACGGGAAGAAUUACUUGAAACCGAAACUCCUUCUACUUUCAUUGUCAAUAGCACCCAGGUUUUGGUGGGCGCUUUGACUCGUCCUGAGAUGUCAGUGAUCAGGGACGAUUGCAUGAACCUGGUGUUUGCACUUAACCUUCUCGAAUGUCUUCUUUUAUGUCUUUCAGAUCUCCCUGCUCUCCCUAAUGCGGAGGCCUUAGUGGGACAGCUACUGUUCUUCAUCAAAGCUGCACAAAAGGCAGAAUCGUCCCGGUUGAACGAAUUCGAUAUUCAAAGGCUCAUAUGUCAUUCGAUUUCAGUUCUCAUUGAUGCCUCCGUACUCCGUCAAGAUUUCUGGGACAUGACAAAGCAGCAUGCCCAGUUUGAAAAACUGAUCUUUUCUCUGCUUUUAGAAGAGAAGCGUCAAUCAAUCCGCCGUCAGGUUGCAGAAAAGAUAAAAUCCACCUGCAAUAUCUCUACCGCCCCGAACAAAGCGGCAAACGAAGAGUCGGAAAAUGUAGAUGGAUCAACCCAGUCUGACGAUUUAAGGGUCCUCGACAUAGUCUCCACAAUUUGGGAUUCCUUCGUGAAGAAUAUGCAGAAAACUGUUCCUUUCUCAAAACAGUCGCAGGAAUACUUCUCUGCUGCUAUUUGGACUUUCCGAUCUGUCGCUGAACGAUCAUCUCAAGAUGUUGAUUUCUCCGAAUACGUCUCUCAGUGGAGCGAGAGUAUGCUUGGCCACGAAACCGAAGAGUUUGUGGGACGUGAACCUGUGGAUCAUGUCAUAUUAGGAUUUGCACGCCUUUUACGAUUGUGUCUGGAGGUGGCUGGCAAACGAGAUACGACGAUCAAUGCAACUGUUCUCAUUGAAAGCCUGGUAAAUAAUUACCUCUUUCCCGACUUGUCAGAGCCCUCGGAUACGGAAGCCAUCCAACCUCGCAUUCCGGUCAUGAACGAGGAUACACGCGAAGAACUGUACAAGAUCUUGAUCCUGUUGUGUAAACAGGAAGAGAACUUUAGUAAGGUCAUUGAUCUGAUGUCUGAUCUCAUUCCACGUGAUUUUACGUACAAUACAACCUGGGCCAUCGAUAGACUCAAGGCCAUCAGAUCCCCCGAGGGUUAUGCAGGAUUGAAGAACCUAUCAAACACGUGCUACCUGAAUUCGCUCUUCACCCAACUUUUUAUGAACGUCGGAUUUCGUGACUUCAUGCUUCAAGUCGCUUUAGAUGAUCCACAGUCAUCACAGAAGCUCCUUGCGGAGACAAAGAAAAUAUUUGGAAAUAUGCAAGAGACGUGGUGCAAAUAUGUUGACCCCGACGGAGCAGUGUGUUCUAUACGAACCUACGACAACGAGCCGAUUGACGUCAAUGUUCAGAUGGACGUCGAUGAGUUCUACAACUUGCUGUUUGAUCGUUGGGAAGCCCAAAUUACUGAUCCGGAAGAGAAGAAGAAGUUCCGAUCUUUCUAUGGCGGUCAACUGGUGCAGCAGAUCAAGUCCAAAGAAUGCGAACAUAUCUCCGAGCGGCUUGAGCCGUUUUCCGCCAUUCAAUGUGAUAUCAAGGGCAAAGCGAAUCUGGAAGAGAGUCUUCAGGCAUAUGUUGAGGGCGAGAUUAUGCAGGGAGACAACAAAUAUUCGUGCACAUCCUGUGGCCGUCAUGUCGAUGCAGUCAAACGAGCAUGCCUGAAAGAAAUUCCUGACAACCUCAUAUUCCAUCUGAAACGAUUCGACUUCGACAUGCUCACGAUGAUGCGAAGCAAGAUCAAUGACGAAUUUCAAUUUCCGGAACGCAUUGAUAUGACCCCGUACAAAGUGGAAUACCUUUCCGACUCAGACAUGCAACUCGAACAAGAUUUGUUCGAGCUAGUUGGUGUCCUCGUUCACAGUGGUACCGCUGAAUCCGGCCAUUACUAUAGCUAUGUUCGCGAGCGUCCAGCUGCCGGUACUAAAACGUCAUGGGUUGAAUUCAAUGAUGCCGACGUUACUUCUUUUGACCCGUCCAAGAUUGCUGAGCAAUGCUUCGGAGGUUCAAAUGAUUAUCACGGGCAAUCCAUGGGACCUACGCGCUUUGGAAAAGUUUGGAACGCUUAUAUGCUGUUCUAUCAGCGUGUCUCCAGCAUGGAUUCUGAAAAGGAGCUCUACAAACCCGUCGUGAAAGAUACACCUGUUCAUGUACCCCUUCCACUCGACCUUGCGAAUUAUAUCGCUAUGGAAAACGAGAUUUUCAUACGCGCAUACUGCCUUUUGGACCCAUACCACGCCUAUUUCGUUCGCUGCCUUCUUCAAUUUUCUAAGGAGUUUGUGCUACUGGGUACUACUGCUUCUGCGGGGCUACAAAAAGCAACCAUCAAUGUGGCCAUGGAUACCUUCGAUCAACUGAUUUCGAGGCCUAGAGAAUUGCCAGAACUUGAUCGCAUGUCUCACGAGUUGAAAAAGAUCCUUCAGGAGACACCAAAGGGAGCAUUGAGAAUCGUCGAGUGGAUCCGCGAACGAGACACAGGGCUGCGCAAUUUGAUCCUCAAGGGUACGCAGUCAGUCCGUAACGUUGCGGUAAAAAUAUUCAUCAUGUCCCUCGUAAGGGUUCAGGAACUCUCAGGCGACGAGACUUUGGAUGAAUCGGAACGGACAAAAUGGCAAUCGAAGUGCACGGAUUGUUGGCAGUGCAUUGUCGGAGGAUUGAGCAAUCUUUGGCCUAUACUGUACACAGCGAGUCGUUCUUGGGAUGACUACUUUGAAUUCUUGGUUAUCCUCACGACUCUUCAAUCCCCGCAAAUCAAUGUCUUGCUUGACAAUGGAUUUCUUCUCAAAUGUCUCGAAAUGGUUUGGUUGGAUAGAGACGAUUCAAAGAACUUGAAGUCAAAAUAUCCCAACUACUACAGGCUCUUGGAACGUGGUCGCAAGUUCUCCCAUAGAAAACUGAUGGAACUACUUGCGCACCUGUUGAAAUUCAUCGACCUCACACUGCCACCUACGCCUGACGAUGAGUCUCGAACCUUACGUGAUGGCCGGUACUCUCUAACCAUCACUGAGAGCACCUUUGUCUUCGAGCUUGGAAGGGAAAAUAAUGGGGAACUUGUUUUUGUGAAGAAGAUUCUGCAGCACCAAAUCAACCCAGCUGCAAUUCGGUCGAUCAUAUCUAUCCUACUGGAUGCAGAGCCUCAAGCUAAUCUGACACAACCAAUAAUCAAAGUCCUUGAGGAUGGCCUCCGGGCUUCUCCCGCACAGCUCUGCGCGCCUUACCUUGAGGCAGCGUUGGUAUUUUGUUCUCGUAGCCCCAGUGAACAGCAAGUGAUUGAAAUGAUUGAUUACAUCGCCAAAGGAGUUGAAUCUAUCAAUAACAGCGGGGGUAGAGAGCAUAUUACCUUCUUCUCGAAUGUCACCACUUGCCGAAAUGAACGGAUUGGAAAGGACGAAUCUUGGUUCACGGAGAAGGUUGUUGAGCGCAUUCCCGAAUGGGUGCCGACACUUCUUAUCUACCUUGAUAGAUCAGUCAAAACCGUUACAUUCGAUAUGUUGCGUGAGACUCUGUUUAAUCAAGAUCGGGAUGACGUGGACGACGAAUAUCGGGCUUUCUAUAUCAAAGUGGCUAGAGAACUCGCACAGGCAUGUGUGGAGGUUUUGAGGAAGACGUACCUCGCCAAUCAAGGCCAUACUGUCGAGAACAAGGUAGUGGAUAAUAUACGACUCGUGAUCACGCAUUGUCUGCGUGAGUACUAUGAUGAAGACGAUGCCGAUGACGCGGAAGUCAUGCAGCAAGCCGAAGCUGUCCUCGGUGCUAUCGAGCAGCUAACGGUGGAUGUCCCUGAGGAAAUAGCAUCCGCGUCUGAUUUUGCUUCACCAGAAGAAUGGGAAGAUCAGUCUAUUAUGGGAAGCGACUCUGAGCUUGGAAUGCCGACGCCAUGA